AUGUUUCUUACAAUUGUCUUCAUUGCGUCGGUGACGUUUUUGUUGCCGUUCAUAGCCCUCAUCAAUGAGGAUUAUCUUCCAGAGGUAUUUAUCCCUAUAGCUAGUCAAAUGAGACUAUACUUGCCAGACUCCUUUGCUGUUGGAAACAGUACUGCGGAUCCUACUGCUCCGGUUUUAGGAGUUGACAACAUUGUUAAACCUACUCUGGAAAUUACUGCUGCUCCAUUUCUUGAAAUCCCGCUUCCCACUAGUUUUAUUGAACAUAUCCCAACCGGGGUCACAACUGAGGACAUUAACAAUAGAUUCAAGGAUCUUUUCAAUAUUGCGAAAAGCUAUUCAGAUGAUGCCUGUGAUUUCAUUUUGAAGCACACGUACUAUCAAAAUAGUGUGGAAUUCAUUGGUUAUUAUAUCAACUUAGUAACUGAAUUUAUUAGUCAUUAUGCUAACCUUGCUAUUGAGAACAUCAAGGAAAUUGAAGAUUCAUUGUUCUUCAAUGAUUAUGUUUAUCCAGCGUAUCAACGCUAUUGGUUGCCAAUUCAAGAAUACGCCGAAGAAUUAUUAGAAAAGCAUUAUUUCAGCUUGAGCGAUGAAUCACAAGAAAAUAUUUUGAAAGGAUUGAUUGUUUUUGUUAUCAUGAUUGCUCUAUUUUUACUAUUGCCUGUGCUCAAAUUCAUCUUCAACGCUUUUGUCAAGGAUGCAAAAGAGUUUCAUGACUCUGCAAAAAGCCAAUACAAGUCCACAAAGACAAAAAAUAAUGAGGGGGACAUCACUAAGACAGAUUCCAGUUUAGAUUCUGUUCAGAAAACUAUCGAUGAAGCUGUACGCAAACAAGGAAAAAGCAAAAAAAAAUCUUCCAGAAAGAAGAAGAAGAUUGCAAGUGGGUACGAUAAUGAUAACUUCAGAAGAUCUUCCUCUUCUUUUGUGGGUCUCAAUCAAAAACUUUUGUCGGUUGAUGAUAUUAAUGAGAAGAUUUUAUUGAGGUUCAGGAAAUCAGCUGAAACUCUCGUUGCAGAUAAGAUGAACAGCACAAGUAUCAAUUUGGAGUUACCUGGACAAGAAAAAAGCAAUGUUGCCUUAAAAUUUGAAGGAAUUGUUGAACUUAGUACCGCUGAACGUAGUAGUUCUGUUAGCUCAAGCCUACGGGACUACUUGGGGUCUGUUGACUCUGAUUCUGAAAUUGCCAAAUCCACCUUUGACAGUGAUGAUAACCGUCUGUCUAUAAGUAGCCAAGACUUCAAUGAGCACGUUGAUGAAAAAAUCCUGAAUGUUCAGGCCAGGAACAUUGGUUCAUUUCUUCAAAGUAGCCAGACUCUAGACCCCCAUGUGGUUGUUAGGAAUCUUGACAUAUCAAAUUAUGAAAUCGAGAGCGAGGAUAAAAAUGCAACACAAAAUACAAAGGAGGAUGAGGAUUUUGAAGUUUCUACGGUCACUGAAACUGAUAUCAUCCAACUCGCAUCACCAGCUCAACACUUGGACAUCGAACCUGCCUCUAGUGCUGAAUCAGACACUUAUAUUGAAGAAAUUAUUAGUUAUACAGAGACUUUAAGUACCCCUACUAAUCACGAUGACGUCAAUAUUCCUCUCACGCCAGCUGAUCACAGUACAGAAACGAUCCAUUUUGUUCCAGCUUUUAGCCCUGUGGCCUCACCUGUUGCUCAAACCAUAUCUACAAACAGGCUUGAUGGCUCCCCCUCUAAGUUGAUUUUCAAGGCGGCGUUUAACACCACUAGUGGGAUCACUCACAACAAUGUUUACUCUGCGAUUAUUUUACCUCAAUCACCAAGCAAAAGCAAAAGCAAAAGUGAUGCUAUGACACAUUCGCCAUUGAAGGAUAGCCUAGAUUUCCUUCAAACGGGACACCAAGUAAAAAUAGUUGCGAAUGAUGCUUCAAGCAGUUAUGUUGAAUAA